AUGUCUAUGCAAGGCGGAGGGUACUACAAUGAGAAUUGUACCCUCCAGGGCCUCGCGAUUGACAAGGCAUUAUCUCUUCUUGAGCCCCUAAAAUGGAAAGGAAAGAACAUCACUCUUGCUGACUAUGGUUCCUCCGAGGGCAAGAAUACGAUUCGGCUUCUUGCCAACUAUCUAUCCAACUUGCCCAGCCUUUCAUCCGCAACUCUUGUGUUCAAUGAUACACCAUUCAACGACUUUUCCAGCCUUUCACGAACCAUUGACGCAAACUUAUCGUCACUAUCACAUAAUGUCAGGCUGUCUAUCAGUCCUCUGAUGGUUCCUAAGUCCUUCUUCCAACAGGUCCUACCUGAUGACUUCGUCGAUGUAGGGUUCUCCUUCACGGCCCUCCAUUGGCUGCAACACAUGCCAUCCUCGUGGGAGACACCAGACCUAGCGAGAUACGCUCACGAAGAUCUGGUGUCUUUCUUGUCAGCUCGUCAUAGGGAAAUUCGACCAAACGGCACCUUGACACUCUGCAUUCCCUGCCAUGGCGAGAUCGGGGUUGACCCUGCGGUUGCGUGUCUACAGGCUAGUAUUCGCAGCCUUGCAUGCGCCUACCGUCUCGAUCCGUCCUUCAUAGUACGCUUGCCACUGUACUUCCGGACCAUGGAAGAGAUAUUAUCAUCCAUCAAUGCCGAACAGGGAAAAUGGAUCGUCAAAUCUCACGUGGCAGUCCCAAUCAUGCACCCUUCAUGGUCUCCAGCUGUAUCAGAUAAAGGUGGUGCUGAUAAGGCAGCCAGAGUUAGGUAUGCCAGUGGCAUUACUGGCUUCACAACUGCGGCUUGCUCGCGGUUCCUGACGGAUGAAACGGGCGCCUACCCCGAGAAGAGAGGUUUUAACGGGGUUGGUUUGCAGUCCGGGGUUCUUACAGAGAAAACAUUCCUCGAAGACUUGUCGGCUUGCUUCAAGGAAGAAUUUCUUCGCUCGUAUAUCAUGGACGAUGUCGGCUUUACAUACGCGAUCGUUCAGCUUGCAAGACUAUAG